CUCGAGUCUUUUCCAAGUUCGAUAUCCGACACGGUUUUCACCAUGUCGCAAUCCGACCGGAGGACCGACCCAAAACCGCUUUGUCCUAUUUGAGGGCACAUGGCAAUGGGUUCGGUGUCCCAUGGGAAUUUGUAACGCCCCUGCAACGUUUCAGCAGGCCAUGAAUAUUGCCUUCGUUGAGUUCGUUAACAAAACCCGACUAACCCAGCCCCUGAUCAAUUUCUGCGUGAUUGUGUACAUGGAUGAUAUUUUGGUCUUUUCAAAAACACACGAGUACCACGUGGAACACAUUGAGUGGGUUUUGCAUGCACUAAAAGAUGCGGGGUUCAAAGUGGCCUUGGAGAAAAACGAGUUCUUCUUGUCGGAGAUCUCAUUCUUGGGGUACAUCGUCACGGUCGAUGGACUAAAACCGGAUCCGAGGAAGGUGGCAGCAGUUCAAGAUGCCCCGGCGCCGGUCACACUCACCCAGGUUCGGGCUUUUCUAGGGCUGGCAUCCUAYUAUCGACGCUUCAUUAAGGGGUUCGCCAGUGUAGCGAAACCCCUAACGAACCUGCUGAAGAAAGAGGAGCACCUGAUCUGGACGCCGGAAUGCGAAGCGGCGUUUCAGGCAUUGAAGGAGGCUCUGACAUCUGCUCCUGUGUUGUCGCGUCCUGACCCGACAAGACCGUUCAAACUGUACACCGAUUGGCAGCCGCAGGCGAUAUCGGCAGUGCUGACUCAGCACGGGGCGGACGGGAGGGAACACGUCAUUGAGUAUGCGUCCAAGACGCUGAGCCAGGCGCAGGCUAAUUACGAAGCGUGCAAAGGCGAAUGUUUGGCGGUGGUGUGGGGAAUUCAGCAUUUCCGACCGUAUCUUUACGACCAGAAAUUCGUGCUGCGCGCGGAGAGGUUGGAGGACUUCCCGGAGGAAAAGCCGUUGCGGCCUCCCUCAUCGUAUCCCAGACCGGCACCACCAAAGGCCCCCAAGAAGACGCCAAGGAGGAAGAGACGCUACCCGUCGCCAGAAGCGCAAGGCAGCAGAAUCGGUGGCGGCGAGGAGGUGAUUCAGCCCGCGCGUACGCGGAAUCUUGACCCCGUGCCAGGGAGUGCGGCGAUGCUCGUUAAGGAGACUGUCGUGCCAUCGCUGCCCUUCCCCCGCGUGCCCGAUCUCAAUCUUGAUGGAGCCGGGCCAUCAGCAGCAGCCGCCGCCGGGGGAGGAAGCCGAAUGGGAUUACCGGAUCCCAUAUCCAGACCCCCCGUCCUCGCGGGACUUCUCAGCUUUCGCCAGCCACCCCGGGGUGCCCCGAUCAUUGACAUUAGCAGUUCCUCCGAGCCGGACGGUCCAUCCGACAAAGGUGGACUUCAUGGUGGAGCCCACCACCAUCAGGCUCGAGGCCAUCGCGGGGCGCCGCGCCCUGAUCCAGCGUGGGAGCCAUAUCUGACACCCCCUUUUCAAGGGUGUAUUGCGGCGCGACUGGCUGGGACGCUCAUCUACGAGACCGGGCAGCAUCCAAAUGUGAUGUACCACAUCCUUGUCUUCGCGGCGCAGAAGCGGGAGCGGUGGCCUUACACCGAGACUCAUGUGGUGAUGAUGGGUCCAGGACCCCGAUCAGUGCGCAAGCGGGUGGUGCGAGCGGUGGCGGAUCUGGCGCCACGUGUCCUGUCUCAUGUGUCGGGGGCCUUCCUCUAUCCCUCGUUCGUCCAGCACCACUUCCAUGAGGAAGAUGCGCCGACGACUCCCACGGCAAUGACCGCUUUCCUUCCACCUAUUCCGCCCCCUCUCAAUCCCGACAUCGAUCACUUCCUCUGAUCACCCUCGUCCACCUCUCCCCUGUUCUCUCCUUCUCCUUCUCUUUAUCGUCUUCUUCUCCUAUACCCCAAAGAUCGCGCGUCGAGACGCG